AAUAACUACUGGAGAUGACGACCUACCACUUGGAAUACAAACACUGCUUAAAAUACUAGUGGGUUAUAACAGGUUAGCCAUGGAAGUGAGUAUCCAGACGGACCAGAUCUCCGCCGACUCCCUGCCUAACAUUAACCCCCUGGUGGGCACCUACACUGGCGAGUUCGAUGCCUACUUCUGUCAGAUCGCCACAGCACCUACAACCACUAGCCCCGCUUCUGUCCAUGAGUCGCCCUUCAAGCUGGAUGACUUCCAGAUUUACAGCUGCUACCCUGGCACCUUUGCACUGAGCUACUUUGAUGAAGCCCUGUCUUCUGGUGGCUCUGAAUAUUUAGGCAGCCCUGCGUCGGCCCAGUCUCCCUCUACCCCAGGCUUCCAGCCUUCAUCGGAUUGGGCCUCGGCCUCCUGCCCCUACUCUCCCAGCCCGGGCUGCUGGGUGGCUGAUAAGACUGCAUUAUCACAGACAUCCUCUUUCUUCACCUACGGCCCCGGCUCAGUGGAGGAUCUGUCUCCUCUGGGUCAGCCACAGCCCCAGCUGGCUGAGCAAGACCACUUCUCUCUUGGCCUGGAGCAGCACCCCUCCCCCCUUUCCUUCUCCCCUCUAACCCUGGAGCCAGGCAACCUAGAUGACUCUGGCUUCAUGGAAGGUAGCAUGUCGCUGAAACCGAACAGCCCUACUGGAAACGAGGGUCGCUGUGCUGUCUGUGGGGACAACGCCUCCUGUCAGCACUAUGGGGUUCGUACCUGUGAGGGCUGCAAAGGUUUUUUCAAGCGUACUGUACAGAAGAAAGCCAAAUACGUGUGCCUUGCCAACAAGGACUGUCCAGUGGACAAGCGGCGACGGAAUCGCUGUCAAUUCUGUCGUUUUCAGAAGUGCCUGACAGUAGGCAUGGUGAAAGAAGUUGUGAGAACAGAUAGCUUAAAAGGUCGAAGAGGUCGUCUGCCCUCCAAGCCAAAAGAAGCCCAGGACCGAUCGUCCGCUCGGUCUCCAGUCAAUAUCAUUGCCUCUCUUGUGAGGGCACACAUUGAAUCAAACCCCAGUGUUGGGAAACUGGACUACUCUAAGUAUCAGGAGACUGUGGCCAGUCUGUCAGAGAAAGCGGAAGUUGGUGACGUCAAACAGUUCUACAACCUCCUCACGGCGUCCAUGGACGUGAUUAGCAAGUGGGCUGAGAGCAUCCCUGGGUUCACCGCCUUCUGCUCCAAGGACCAGGAGCUGCUACUGGAGUCAGCCUUCGUGGAACUGUUCAUCUUGCGACUAGCAUACAGGACCAACCCUGAGACACACAAGCUGAUCUUCUGCAACGGAGUGGUGCUUCACCGGAUGCAGUGUGUACGGGGCUUCGGUGACUGGAUAGACUCCAUCAUGGACUUCUCCCAGAGCCUCCACCGCAUGAACCUGGACGUGUCGUCCUUCUCCUGCCUUACAACCCUGGUCAUAAUCACUGACCGCCACGGCCUGAAGGAGCCCAAGCGGGUGGAGGAGUUCCAGAACCAGCUCAUCAUCUGUCUCAGAGAUCACGUCUCGAGUUGCACCUCCGACUCCACUCGGCCCAACUACCUGUCCCGCCUCCUGGGAAAACUGCCCGAGCUACGGACUCUCUGCACCCAGGGCCUGCAGCGCAUCUUCUAUCUCAAGCUUGAGGACUUGGUUCCACCACCCCCCAUAGUGGACAAAAUUUUCAUGGACACUCUGCCUUUCUGAGAGCGAGAAAAUACUAUAUACAGAGUGUGCUAAAGCGACAAGAAAUGAUGAAGCGAUCUCCCUGUUUGAGUAGGGACAAACGAAGGAAACUAGGCUCCCAAAGACUUUCUGACAUGAAAGUGCUGAAUAAUACUAUGUCUUAAAAGCUAUGAAGCUAUUCAAGCACUAUCAUAUUUGAGGAAAAAAGGACCUCUUGUUCAUUAGCAAUGGUCAUAGUAUUGUGCUAAAAGGAUAAUAAUGGACUUGUUUUUCAUUUCAAUAAUAGUUUUGUGUUUUAGUGCAGUAUUUCAGACGUACAGUGGGGAAAAAAAGUAUUUAGUCAGCCACCAAUUGUGCAAGUUCUCCCACUUAAAAA